AUGAUAGCGGCAAUUUCACCGGCAGAUAUUAAUUAUGAUGAAACAUUGUCGACGCUGCGCUACGCCGAUCGAGCCAAACAGAUCAAAACCAAAGCAGUCAUCAACGACAAGUCCCAAGACAGGAUGAUUCGUGAACUGAUGGAGGAGAAUGAAAGGCUUAAAAAUCAGCUGAUGGAAGUCGUCAAUGUGGCGCCCACAACGCUGAAGUCCGAGUUGUCGCCCGAGGGUUAG